AGUUCAUGUAACGUGAAAAAAUAUAGUACAAUCUUCAAAUAUGUAUACAAAAACCUAUUUUUUAGAUUGUUUCUUUAAUUCUCUAAUACUAAGAAUAAUAUGAUUUACUUUGUUAUUGUUACAAUAAUAGUAAGGAUAUAAAUCUUAAUACCAAACAAUGAAUGUUUUUAUUAAUCAAAUUUAUACCAGAGUUAAAAAAUGAUAAUCCUUCAAGUUUUAAAUAAAUUUCUGUGAGAUACCAAUGUGUUCCUUGUAUGCUCUAUCUUAUAUUUAAAAAAUGGGAAAUGCAACAAUGUGUAAGAAAAUAUUGAAGAACAUCAAAAGGCAAAAACAUGUAUUAGAAAAAAUGUUUUAAGGAUAUUUUGGAUUGUAUUAUACCAGUUCAAUAAUGUCAUUCAUGGAAGAAAAGAAACAGCUAAGCGGGAUAAAAGUCUCGGCUAUUGCUAACAAAUUUCAAUCAAAAUCUAUUACGGACAAUUAUGAUAACAAAUCAGGAUUUGACAUUGAAAUGAAUGAUGCUACCAAGGUAUUGAAAGAAUCAGCGACUCAAGUGACAGUCGUACGUACAGAAAGUCAUGUUGCUAGAUUUAACAAUGCUCGAGCUUUGUUUGAAAAACUUGGCGAAGAAACGAGAUCAAAUCAUUCUUGUAGGAAGAAAACCUAUGUAGUAUUACUCGGACCAAUCGCUUUAGUGAACCAUGACUGUAAUGCUAAUUGUAGUUAUACAUCAAAUGUUGAAGGAAUCAUGUAUCUCAGUUCGAAAAGAAAAAUACAAAAGGCGAAGAAAUCACCUGUGUUUACAGUAAUGAUUAUUUCGAAAGUAAUAAUUUACUUUGUGAAUGUAAGACAUGCAAUGAUGCAAAACAUUUACAUAAAAGACAAUUAAAACCGA